UUCAUUUGGUGUAAUGGUGCACACGCACAUCAGAAUAUAAGAUCGUGGCUUGUUCCUGUGACUGAGUCAAUUGAUUCGCCAAGAUGCCUGUAUCACUAAGUGAAUGGAGGGUCCGAAUCGGAACAUUUGUUCAUUGGAUUAGGGAGUAUGAGGUAAAGGAGAGGAGAGAAAGAUUGCUGAAAGAAAGGAUUCGAAGACUGAAGGUUCUUUGCGAGAGACUUGAAGCGAAAAUUGGUGAUUCUGGAGAGGAGUCCGAAGAUGACAAAAGCAGACAAGGUGAUCCUGAUCCCAAGGGAUGUCCUCAUACAACUUCAAACAUUCGGUCGUCAGGAAACUCAUCAGAUAUCAAGAAUUUACUAACUUCAUGUGAUCAGUGCAUACAUGAUUUAUUAACGGCAAGUGAUUCUCAUAUCAAGGAGAUACUCACCCCUUCUGAUACAUGUAUUAAACAAUUGCUGACACCAAGGAGAGAAAGAUUGCAAAGGAUUCGGAGACUGAAGGUUCUUUGCGAGAGACUUGAAGCGAAAAUGGGCGAUUCUGGAGAGGAGUCCGAAGAUGACAAAAGCAGACAAGAUGAUCCUGAUCCCAAGGGAUGUCCUCAUACAACUUCAAACAUUCGGUCGUCAGGAAACUCAUCAGAUAUCAAGAAUUUACUAAAUUCAUGUGAUCAGUGCACACAGGAUUUAUUAACAGCAAGUGAUUCUCAUAUCAAGGAGAUACUCGCCCCUUCUGAUACAUGUAUUAAACAAUUGCUGACACCAACUGAUUCGAACAUUAGACAUUUGCUCUCUCUAACAAAUUUGUGUAGAAAGGACCAGCAAACAGCACGGGACUCUCAUAAUGAAGAUGUUACCAUGCUUACACCAACCGAUUCAAACAUCAGGGAGUUAAUAACACAUUCUGAUUCAUGCUUCCGAGAGCUACACAUGUCAGCUGAUGCUUGUACAGAUGAUAUGCUAUCUGAUUCUGACGUCAAAGAUUUACUAACACCAAGAGACUCCGCCAUCUUUGAGAUACUUCAGCCAAAAUAUUAUUGUACGAACAGGUUACUUACACCAAAAGAUUCCUUCAUCCAGACGUCACUACCUAGAGAUUCUUGCAUCGAGGAGUUACUUACACCGAGAGAUUCUUACAUCCGGGAGUUAUUAUCAGUAAAUUCCCACAACGACAAGUCACUUUCACCUGGAGACGGCUACAUCCAGAAAAUGUUUACUCCAAGAGAAUCCUGCACAAGUGAGUCACUUACAACAGGGGAUGCCUACAUCCAGGAGUCACUUACACAAAGAGACUCCUAUAUUCAGGAGCUACUUACACCAAGAGAUACCUACACCAAUGAGUCACUUACGCCAGGACAUUCCUACACCAAUAAGUCACCUACGCCAGGAGACUCCUACAUCCAGGAGUUACUUACACCAAGAGAUUCCUACACCAAUAAGUCACUUACACAGAGACAUUCCUACACCAAUACGUCACUUAAUCCAGGAGACUCCUACAUCCAGGAGUUAUUAGCACUAAGAGAUUUCUACACCAACGAGUCACUUACACCAGAAGACUCCUGCACCCAGGACUCCCUUUCUCCUAGAGAUUCUGACAUCCGGGAGUUAUUGACACCUAGAGAUUCGUACACAAUUGAACCACUUACACAAGGAGACUCCUAUAUUCAGGAGUUACUUACACCAAGAGAUUCCCACACUAACGAGUUACUGACGCCAACAUAUUCCUAUGCUAAUGAGCUACUUAUACCAGGACAUUCCUUCACCAAUACGUCACUUGCACCUGGAGACUCCUACACCCACGAGUUAUUAGCACCAAGAGAUUCCUACACCAACGAGCCACUUACACCAGGAGACUCCUGCACCCAGGACUUCCUUACACCUAGAAAUUCAGACAUCCGGGGAUUAUUGACACCAAGAGAUUUUUACACCAUUGAGUCGCUUGCACAAGGAGACUCCUACAUCCAGGAGUUACUAACACCAAGAGAUUCCUACACCAAUGAGCCACCUAGACCAGGACAUUCCUACACCAAUAAGUCACUUACUGGUGUAAUUGGACUUGAAUCACCUAGGCAAGGGGACAACAAAUCUUCACCUACAUCUAGCUUAAACAGGGACGCCGUACAACAUGGACCCUCAGGUGGAAAGGAGAUGGCAAACACAUCAUCAAGAUCAUCAUGCCACAAAACAGAUAGCUUGAAAGGAACAGUUGAUGUGAUGUUAUCACAGCAGCCGUACCUGACUGAGUUACUGCUUGUUAAAGCGGGGGAUGUGGAGCUCAAUCCGGGUCCUCUUCACGGACCGAUAGAUAGUGUACUGCAGGAGAAUGAACUCAUAUUGCUCGCUGAAGAAGUUCCAGUCAACUGCUACAAUAAACUGUGCACUGGUCUUGGUUUCAGCUUAACACAGAGCCAAACUGUACUAACCCAACAUCUUCUCAACUUCCCAGGAGCUUUGAUCAACUUCUUCUGCAGAUGGAAAGUCAAGCAGAGAGAUGGCACCAAUAUUCGAGCACUUCUUGGAGAAAUUCUUAAAAACGCUGAUAUGGAUGGACUUCAGACAAAAUUAUUGAAAGAUCCAAUACUAGAUACUUCCCUACAAAACAUGACUGAGGCACAGGUUCUCCAGUGUGGGGAAGAGUUGAAGACAUUCUACAGCGAAAAAAUGUGCAAAAUCAAACCUGACCCGCUUAAUUUCAAUAUCAUCGUUGAAUUCCAACAAAUUUACACGAACUUAACGCUGCUCAGGAACGAAAUGGGAACAAGGCAAACCAAAACGCCACUGGAUUACAAUGAUCUUCUUACAACAAAGAUUAACGGAGUGCUUCCUAAACGUCUUCUGGUUGAAGGUGAAGGUGGUGUUGGUAAAACGACCUUCUGUUCGAAGAUCGCAUGGGAUUGGGUUAAUGGAUCUCCAGAGUUUCAGCGCUUUAGUUGGGUUCUGGUUAUACCCCUGCGCAACGUUGUCAAGGGUCACACAAUUGGGGAUAUCAUGAAAAACUAUCUCUCAGACAGUAAUGCGGUAAACCCUAAACAGAUCGAUAAUUACAUAUUGUCUCAACCUACAAAGGUUCUGAUUGUACUUGAUGGACUUGAUGAGUAUGAUGGGGACCUAUCUGCCGAAGAAAGUUCAGAUAUUUCUCAGAUUCUGCGAUUGGAGAAAUUCAAGGAAUGCAUUGUUCUGGUGACAACAAGACCGUGGAGGGCGGAUCAGAUCAGAUCCAAUGAAGAAUCGAGUAGGUCCUAUGCUUUCAUUGCAAUAAAAGGAUUUAGUGCUGAAAAUAUCUCGACAUACAUCAGCAAGUACUUCGUAAACGAUGAAAAGGCUGGAUCAGAACUGAUUCGGUUUAUUGAAGUGAAUGAUAUUGAGCUCCUUCCUCCUUGGUAA